AUGACGAUGAUGAAGAGGAGGCAGGCAAUUUUGUUGUUGUUGUGCAUUCUGGCCUCCGUUGUGGUUGCGCGAGCGGGCUGGUGGGGCGGCGACGAUCACGAUCAUCACCACCACGACCAUGACCAUGACGAUCAUCACUCGGCAGGCCAGGAGAUGGUCACCUGCGGCAGCAUGAUCAAGCUGCGUCACGUACCCACCGGCUUCCGUCUCCAUUCGCACCAAGUCGCCUACGGCUCGGGUUCCGGUCAGCAGUCCGUCACCGGUGUCGCCAGCGCUGAUGAUCACAACUCGUUCUGGAUCGUGAGGGCUGCCAACGGGAAGCGCUGCCAACAGGGAGACCGCAUCAACAACGGCGACGUGAUUCGUCUGCAGCACUACGCCACCCGACUCAACCUCCACUCGCACUACCACGCAUCGCCUCUCUCCAAGCAGCAGGAGGUGUCGGCCUAUGGCCCCGAUGGCAAUGGCGACGACAGCGACAACUGGGUGGUGCUGACCGAGGGCAGCCCCGUCUGGCUCCGCUCGCAGCCGGUUGCGUUCAAGCACGAGGCGACCAACUCGUACCUCCACUCGCACGACAUGAAGUACCGGCAACCGAUCGCCGGCCAGCAGGAGGUCACCGCCGUCCCCGGCAAGAACGCCAACUGCCGCUGGAUCACCGAGGAGGGCAUCUACUUCCCUGAGAGGGAACAGGUGGCGACCAAGGAGUAG